AAGCGCUUCCUAAUUCGAACAGAGACAUUCGAUUGGCUGAAAAGCACUUCCGUAGAGCGUCUGUUCAGCUGGCGCUAGAAGCCCGCGAUUUACAAAAGUUGUGAUAAAGCUUAGCGAGCUAAACGAAAAUUUGGUUCCAAACUUUCCCCUGCUCAUGUCUUCGACGUCUUAGAAAUAGCCGUGCCUGGCCCUAUUCCGCAUUAAGGUCGUUGAAAUGCAACUGUUGGUUUGUGGCAUUAUUAGCAGCUAGCAUGCUAACUUGUCUGAGCUAAAAACACAGCGGAGUUGUUACCUUGUCGACUGUCGUCAACGAGCCGCAGCGGCCUUUCAACGAGUUUCCCCCGUGAUUUGAGCCGGGGACCCCACAACAGCAAUGUCGCUCGCCAAACAGGCUCGUUUUGACGCCACACGGCCCUCUGUGGAGAAAAGAGCCACUAUUUGUGUGGUACCCGAUCUCACCUCAGACCUGCUGGAGGGCGAGUUUGACUUGAACAGGUCCUACCCCAGUGUCCACAGAACCCUACAGAAGAGAAACGCGUUGGAAUUGCAGCGACGUUAUUACUGUGGAUUAUCCGCAGGAGUGAGAAAGAACCGUAAGGCUUGCAUUCAUCCAGAGUCCGAAGUUUCUAUUGACUCCUUACCACGCUCGCCCACAAUGUCAGAGACUGAAAACAAGCUUUAUGGACAACUUAUAUCGACAGAUUUUGGGCUCUGUGUCUCUCCGUUGGCCCUCAACUCAAACAAAGUGAUUCUGACUGUGGAUCACAAAAGCCGAGAGAUUUUAUCUGCAAACGAUGAGGCCUGCAAACUGUUUGCGUGCGCCCCUGAAGAGUUGAACGGAAAAAAGCUGAUGUGCGUUUUAAAGAAAACAACUCAGGUCUUGGAGGAAGCGUUGCCUGAGGACUUUCUGCUGACGGAUGGUAGCGUUGCAUCUGUAUCUGGAAAACUGGUUGAUGUUGUGACUGUGUCUGGUGAGAUGCCAAUGUUGGUGCACACCCACAGAGUGUCACAAAAUGGGGAACAGGUGCUUGUCAAGAUGGAGCACGUGGAACGGAUUUCCGCUUCUCUGACAUUUACUCAAGACGGGAAUAUUCUUACCUGUGACUCAGCAUUUGCUCAUCUUCACGGAUACCACCAGCCCGAGGAUUUAAAAGGACUUUCUGUUAUGGAGCUAAUCCCCUCCUUACAAAUCCCCUCGCACUGUCAGGCAUUGCCCAAAAUGCUGAGGGUUCAGAGAGUGUGCGGUAAAAGUAGAGAAGGUGCUUCCGUACCGCUGUGUGUUAAGCUUCAGGGGGCUGUCCAAUGCGCAAGACCUCCGCAACAACACUUUGGCCCGAGCACGGCGUGCGCUACAGAAAGUCUUGACAGAGAAGAUGCACGCAAGAUGGAAACCUCGCACCCCGAACAAUGUCUCAAAGGAGUGAGCAGGGUCCUCUCCCCCAGGCCCCCGCUGGAAUACAAUGGAAGAGUCUUAGCAUUUGCCCCAGUCAACGGCCUCCUCCUCCUGCAAGCUGACGGCUCAAUCUGCAGCGUCUGCAAUCAACAAGCGCUCAGUCUGUUUGGCUACAGCAGGAGCGAGCUGCUAGGAAAGUGCGUCACUUUCCUCAUGCCCGGCUUCUAUGGAUGGAUGUCCGAUUCGGUCAGGAAAAUCGGUCCCUUCCCAGAGUCUCAAGCGGAGGCUGGCAAAAGUACGGCGAAAUCUGUCAUCGACCCAUCCUCACUUGUGGCCGGAGACAUGGCCAUGGUGCAGGAGGCCUGCCGGCAGAGAUCCUCCACGGGAAAAGGCAGAAUCUUCACGGGGGACUGCACUAGGCUGGAAAAACAAGGAAGUGCUCUGUCCACGCUGUCACAUCCUGCUGUCUCCUCGACACGUGUCUUUAAUGGCAAUAACACGGAGGAGCUGUUGGAGCAGGCGGCCCAGGUGGUCGCAGCCAGCAUCCACUCCUCAGACACGGGUGAUACCACUGAGGCUCUCCUGAAGACUUUUGCGUGGGUGGAUUGCCCAGAGGGAGACGCUACCUGCAUGCGUCCCACUGAGGAACUGGCAGCUGCACACGAACAAGUGCUUCUGGACAAUGACGACGUUCCAAAUAUUCCUACUCAGAAUUUAGGAAGUGGGGUUGUCGAGGCUUCUGGUGUGGCCAAAGACAAACGUUCAUGCAGAUCUGUCCUGCAAGAUUCUAGCUUUGAAAUCAUUUCAAUGGAGAGCAGGUCUUCCUCUGGCUUUUGUGAAAAGUUUGCCGGCCUUGGCGGUUCCGAUCCACGCCAGGCAGAGGGCAGCUAUUUCCUGGACAUCAACAGCAACGGCGAUCUGGUGACCCGCGCCCUAGCAGAACUGGAUCUCAGCAGUGCGGUCCUUGUCGGCGUCCAAGGGGGCGGUGAUGAAAAUCAGCACUCCAUGACAUCCUGCGACACGGCUGAGCUCCUACGCACACCGUCCCCGUGCGACCUCGACCCAGAAGACCGGCCCAUCAACCCUGAUGAGACCAAAAAAUGCUGCGCUAAAGAGCAGUUGGAGAACCAAGCCAGAAUGGCUCAGUGGCCGGCUCUCUCUUCCAUUUACAAAGAAAAUGGCCAGCAAUGCUGCUUAAAUGGACAUAAUGGUCCGGUUCAGUCAGCAAUGGACCUUCCUGCUACGUCCACACCAAAGAAACUGAAGCUCAAAGAGGAAGCACUCAAGUUAGACGCACCGGAUUUAGUGGAGGGUCAAUUUGAAGGAAUUGCAUACCACAGAGAUGGCACAAGAGUUGAGGUGCAAUGUGACGUGGUCAGAGCCGAGCUUCCCGGUGGCAGCCUAAUGUUCUGCGUCUGGAUGAGCAGACCCGGGCCGCAGGGGUCAAUGUUGCAAACCGAACGCUGGCUGCUCGACAAAUCAGCAGCGAGUCUUGGGGAGAGGAAUGGAGAGGUGUGUCGUGACGAAGCGCUGCGCUCCACGUUGGACUUUGAACACUCUCGGGCAUGUGAUGGGCAGUUUGAAGAAGACUACAAGCCCAUUAAAGCCGUUGGGAAAGGAGCCUUCGGGUUUGUCUGGGAAGCAAUCAGACGCUGUGAUGGACAAGAAACUAUAGUGAAGUUCAUCAGCAAGGCGAGGAUCAUGAGCGACUGCUGGGUAGAUGACCCCAUGUUGGGGCGAGUCAGUCAGGAGAUCGCCAUCCUGACUCGUGUGCAGCACCACAACAUCAUCAAGGUGCUGGAGGUCUUCGAGAACGGCAGCUAUUUCCAGAUGGUUAUGGAGAAACACGGAGACGGUUUGGACCUCUUUGAUUUCAUCGACAUGCAGCCGCGGCUGGACGAGCCCCUGGCCAGCUACAUUUUUCGACAGCUGGUAGCAGCCGUCUUCUAUUUAAGGACGAAGAACAUUCUGCACAGAGACAUUAAAGAUGAGAACAUUGUCAUUGACAAGUGCUUCCACAUCCGCCUCAUCGACUUUGGCUCUGCAGCCAUGAUGGUUCCAGGAAAGCUCUUUUACAAUUUCUGCGGCACAUUGGAGUACUGCUCCCCAGAAGUGCUUCAGGGAAAUCCCUACGAGGGUCCGGAGUUGGAGAUGUGGUCUCUUGGGGUUUUGCUCUACACGCUGCUGUUCAGCGAGAACCCCUUCAGCGGGGUGGCCGAGAUCCUAGAUGCCAAACUCAAGCCCCCUUUUCCCCUCUCCUCAGAACUGACCGGCGUUUUACGUGGGCUUCUGCACCCUAAGCCCACCCAGAGGAUGACCCUGGACCAGUUACUGCUGCAGUCCUGGGUCAGCCAGCCCAUUUCACUGUCUGAGUACAGCUGGACGGAGGUGUUCCCCGCUACUCAGAGCCUUUGCUCUCCACAACACCGUGAUGCCACUCCUCAAAGAUAUGUAGGACAAGACUUGUUCCCAGAUCAAGGGGAUGGCACUCUUCCGGGUGAGGAGGAAGAUGAGGAAGAGCGGUUGUCCAUGGUGGCCCUGGAAUCUGAGCUCCAGAAGUACCUCAACGAAAACUAGAGACUGAAUUAAAGCGCAUUUGCUUUUGUUUUGUAGCAGUUACUGGAACAAAGGUAAAGUACAUUUUGCGUGCUAACCUUUGAUUUUAUUCUUUCAUCAGUUUUUAUUUAUUCUUUUUAAUUCUUUUUUUAGAGCAUUAAAAUAACAUUUCACUGGAAUGAUUUGACUUAAAAAGACAGAACCUCAAAUUGAAGGAAUCUUUUUCUGUUUCUUAAAUACAAAAUUGAUUUUAACACUAAAUAUAAAGUAUAUUUAUAUCAUAUCUAUUUAUUUGUAUACAUCAAUAUAGUACAUAUUUUACCAAUGUUUACCAAUGUUCCUCUGUCAUGAAUGAAUCACUCUUGUAU